AUGAAGGAAAAUGAAGGAGUUAAUAAUAAUAGAGAGCAAAGUGGGGAUAAUUAUCUAGGAAUGAAAGGUAAUGAAGGAUUUAAUAAUAAUGAAGGACGGAAUGAAGAUGAUGACCUGGGAAUAAAUAAAAAUGAAGAAUUUAUUAAUAAUGAACAAAAUGAAGAUAAUUAUCUGGGAAUGAAAGGUAAUGAAGGAUUUAUUAAUAAUGAAGGACGGAAUGAAGAUGAUGACCUGGGAAUAAAUAAAAAUGAAGAAUUUAUUAAUAAUGAACAAAAUGAAGAUAAUUAUCUGGGAAUGAAAGGUAAUGAAGGAUUUAAUAAUAAUGGAGGACAAAGUGAAGAUAAUAAUCUAGGAAUGAAAGGUAAUGAAAGAUUUAUUAAUAAUGAAGGACGAAAUGAAGAUGAUGACCUGGGAAUAAAUAAAAGUGAAGAAUUUAUUAAUAAUGAACAAAAUGAAGAUAAUUAUUUGGGAAUGAAAGGUAAUGAAGGAUUUAAUAAUAAUGGAGGACAAAAUGGAGAUAACGAGGAGUCUGAUGAAAAUAAAGAACAAAAUGGAGAUAAUAAGGUUGGAAUUAAUGAGACUAGAAGAUUUGAUGAAACAUAUAGAGAUAAUUAUGAGAAAUUUGGAGAUCAUAAAUAUGUUAGUAAUAAAGGACAGACUGAAAUAGAGGAUGAAAAUGAAAAGGAAUUAAGUAAUAACAUUAGAGAGGAGGAAUUAGGUGAAGAUAAUAGAAAUAUUAUCAAUAGAGAAAACUUUAUAGUAGAGAAUGAUAAAGAAAAAUUUAAUGAUAGCAACAUUAAAAGUGAAAAUUUAGAAACUAAUAAUGAAGGUAGAAAAUUUAAUAAUACUAAAGAAGAAUUAAAUGAAAAUAAUGAAAAAACUCUUAAGGAUUUUAUAAUAGAAAAUGAAGAUAACGAAAAUAUAGGGGAAUCAGGUAAAGAUAAGGAAACUAAAAAUAGAUAUUUUGGAAUUUAUAGUGAAGGAGAAAGAAAUGAUGAUAAAAAUCUAGCAAGAGAGUUAAUUAAGGAUAGCAAAGUUGACAAUAGAGAGUAUCUCGGAGGAAGUGAUGAAUAUAGAGAGUUUAUUGAUAAUAAUGAAAAUAAGUUAUACAAUAAUAAUAGAAUUGAAAGUGAGAGGUAUUUGAAAAGUGGUGGCGAGAUUGAUCAAGAAGAUGAAUAUGAUAAAAGUUCUAAUAAUAGUAAGGAGAAAUUAAGCGAAUAUGAAGAUAUUGAAAAUGAAGAAUAUUUUAGGAGUAACAAUGAAAAUAACAAGGGAGUAACUGAUAAUAGUGAUGAAGAGAUUAGAAAUAAAGAUUUUGAAGUAGAAAGUAAAGAUGGUGAAAAUCUUACUAAUAGUAAUUUAGAUAAAAAAUUGGGUGAUUUUACUAGAGAUAGAGAAAAAAUAGGGUUGGAUGGUGAUAGUCAUGAAGAUAAAGGAUUAAAAAAUAAUCAAGAGGAAAAAUUUGUUGGAAAUGAUGUAGUUCAUGAAAAAAAGUUAUUUGGAAGCUAUAAAGAAGAUAAAGAAGAUGAAGAUAACAGAGAAUUAGUUAAUAAUUAUAUAGGGCAAGAAUCUCGAACUCAUAAGAAAUAUUCUGAAGAUGAUAAUGAAGAGACAACUGGUAAAGAGGAUAAAGUUCUUUAUGACUGGGAUGAUCUUAGCAAUAAAGCUACAAUAAUUGAUGGGAAUCAAAAAAUUAUUGGGAGCAACAAUAAAUCUAUUUAUGAAUAUGUAAACGAUAGAGAAACAAGAAAAUUGGAUACAGAAGAUCUUGAUUUGAUUAAACAUGAAUAUAAAGAAUCUGAACAGAAUAUGAACCAGGGAGAAUAUCAAAGUAAAAGUGGAAAGUACAAACAAGAAGAAAAUAUAAAUAAAGAGGAUAAUGGCAAACUAGAAUUUGGAGAUCAAUUAGCAGAAGUAGAAAAUAACAGUGGAAUAGAAGAAUUUGGUGAAUCAAAUGUGGAUACAGAAAAAGAUGGUUUUUUAGCACCUCCUGAAAAUGAAAAGAUUCAUGAUAAUCUAGAAUAUGUAAAUCAACAUGCAGGAAUAGGUGAUAUUGGAUCAAACAAUAAUGAAUAUCAUAACCAAAUAACUCAAAUAGUAAAUGAGACUCCAAAUAAUGGAGAUGUAGUCAUGUCUGAAACUGAUUUUGUUGGAUAUGAACCAGCCUUUGAAAAUGAAAACAACAAACAUCUAAAUAUGGAUGAUAUACAAUCUAUUGUUGAUACUGAAGAAAUAACUGAAUAUUUACCUGAAGAAAAUACAUUAACUACUGAAAGUCAUCAUUUAUUUGAUGAUUUUCAUAACGAAAAAUAUAGGAAUGUAGAUAAGGAUGAACUGGAGUUUUCGAAAUUCAAUAAUGGUAUAUUAAAAGACAUCUAUGAAACAAAAGAUAAAAGAGAAACAGGAUAUAUUGAGGAACAAGGAAAGGAAGGUAUAAAAGAUAUUCAAGAUAACGGAUUUUUUAAGAAAGUAGACGAUUCUCUAAGGUCUGGAUAUGACAAUGAAAAUUUAACUAAUGAAUCUCAUGAAAAUUCAAUAAUCUCUGAUAUUGAAUAUAAGAAAGCUGGGAUAGAAAAUAUUAUUCCAGAAAUGGGUUAUAAUACUAAUUCUCUAGAUAAUGGUGGGAAAAUAAAAGAGAUUUCAAUUGAUAAAAAUAUUCCUAGUGGUAGUUUUGUGGAGCAAUCCUCUCAAAGAGUAAUUUAUGAUGUGCCUCAUAACCAAAAUAAAAUGUCAGAUGCUAGUAUCAUUCAUGAUAGUAUCCCUUUUCAGGAUCUAGAUUUAAAAACUGCUAUAAAUUUCACUAAAGAGAAGCAGAAAAAAAUAAAAGAAAUGAUUAAUGAAACUGAAAGACAUAUUAAAUCUAUUGAACCAAUAGAAUCUAAAUCAUUUAUUGAAUCUAUUAACAAUGAAAUUUCUCAACUUAAGAAUGAACAAGAAAAUACAAGGGAAAUGAUUAAUGAAACUGAAAAACAAAUUAAACCUCUCGGGGUUAUAGAAUCUGAAUCACUUACUAAAUCUAUUGAAAAUGAAAUUUCUCAAGUUAGAGAUAAACAAAAAUCUAUAAAAGAAAUGAUUAAUGAAACUGAAAGACGUAUUAAAUCUAUUGAACCAAUAGAAUCUAAAUCAGUUAUUGAAUCUAUUAAGAAUGCAAUUUCUCAACUUAAGAAUGAACAAGAAAAUACAAAGGAAAUGAUUAAUAAAACUAAAAAACAAAUUAAACCACUUGGACUUAUGGAAUCUAAAUCAUUUAUUGAAUCUAUUAAGAAUGCAAUUUCUAAACUUAAGACUAGACAAGAAUAUAUAAGGGGAAUGAUUAAUGAAACUGAAAAACAAAUUAAACCACUUGGACUUAUGGAAUCUAAAUCAUUUAUUGAAUCUAUUAACAAUGAAAUUUCUCAACUUAAGAAUGAACAAGAAAAUACAAGGGAAAUGAUUAAUGAAACUGAGAAACAAAUUGAACCACUUGAACUUAUGGAAUCUAAAUCAGUUAUUGAAUCUAUUAAGAAUGCAAUUUCUCAACUUAAGAAUGAACAAGAAAAUACAAGGGAAAUGAUUAAUGAAACUGAAAAACAAAUUAAACCUCGUGGAUUUAUAGAAUCCAAAUCACUUUUUAGUUCUGAUUUGCACCAAAAUAAACUUGGUAGGAAAGUAUUUCGUAAACCUAUGAGUAGACUAAAACAGAGUAUAUCAAAUAUGGUAAGUAACAGUCCGAAAAAAAAAAAAUUAGAUACAUAUAUUCAACCUGAAAUUUCCUCAUAUCAGAAAUAUAUAUCUGAUGAACAAAUUGUUAAUAUGAUACGUGAAGAAAUUCAAAAAUUAGCUGAAGAAAAAAGUUUCAGGGUUUUAUCACCAAAAUUAAAAAAACUAGAUGAGCAACAACUUAAAAUAAAAAAUAUGAUUGGUAAUUUGCAGGUUUUAAACUCCAAAAAUAAAGGUGAGAGAUCUCUAACUUCUGAUAUAAUAGCAAUAGAAGAAGAGGAAAACAAUUUACAAAGUCUAUUAAAUUCGAUUCAUAACUCAUUGAAGUUACUUAUAACUCAAAACCCAGAACUAAUAGAUAUUGAACUUGAAGAAAUACCACCUACUAAUUAUGGACAAAAAAUAAUUAUUGAAGAAAUGAGCUCUAAAAAAUCAGAUUCCGAUAUUUCAAGCAUACUACCCAGCAUAGAUAUAGUAAAAGACGGUCAAAAAAAACUAAAAAUUGAAAUUAAUGAUAUAACUAAACAGUUGAAAUAUAGCAGUUCAAACGAAGUUAAAUCAUUAUCAACAAGUCACAAAAUUCCCUUAAAUAAUUAUGAUGGAAAUAAUCAAUUAGAAAUACAACAAGAUCAAGGCCCUUUAUUAGAUAAAGGGGAGCAAAGUAUUCAAACAUUUGAUUCAUCUCCCAAUAAUGUUCAAACUUCUACAGAUAAAUUAAUAAAUGAUGAAGUAGAACACCCAAUAAAUGACUUAAAAAAUGAGAAUCUUCAUGAUAAUAAGAAUGAAUUUGAAUUAGAAGAUAGUAAAACACAGUAUUACAAUACUAAUGAAGUACCUGGUCAAGAAAACAAUAUAUUAGAGUUUGAAGGAAAUAGUUAUUCAGAUUCAAGUAAAAAGUAUGUUAGAGGGAACUUAAGGGGGACAAGAGAAGAAAGACUAGAGAAUGAUAAUAAUAAUUCUAAAAGAAGAAGAAGUUUAGGUACAAUAAGAGAAGUUGAGGAGGCUCAAAAUGAAAGGGAAUGGAUUAUGAAGUUCCCUCCAAAGCUUAAAUCUAGUAUAAUGAGAAAGAGACCUGAUUUAUUUACUAGUGAAGAAAUUGCAAAUGCUGAAAGAGAAGCUGCAAAUUAUUUAUAA